ACUGCUUGUUCUUCCAAAUGUGUGUUGACAUACAGAGACCAUAACUACUGUGGUGACCACGAGUGUUGCUACCACUACCACACCAGCAACCACUACAACACCGGCUACCACUACCACGACAGAAAUGGCGACUACAGUCAUGACAACAGGAAGUACCACAACUGUCGAAGAGACAACCACCGUCACGACAACAACACCUGAAGUCACCACUACUGAAACAACUACAACAAUGACAACAACAACCCCAAAACCAACUGAAAUAGGCGACACCGAAACUACCACACAGAGGACCCGAACAUCAGGUUUGACCACGCCCACCACAUCAAGCAGUGAGACUACCACCCUGUCUACAACUACUUCUGGCCAAACAACGCCAGGUGACUGCGCGGAAAACCUGAAUGAUGAUAGUCAGCCGGAUCCAGUGAUCACCCUCCAGACAUCCGACAUGACUGACGUUACUCCAGAUCAAACUGUCACACUUUCAAGUGGGACAUCGUCAAUCACCGUUCGAUUCGGAAGUAGUGAUACCGGAUACAAGGUCCUGACCAGAGUGACAGCCGUCAUCCUGAGUUUAGUCGAUCCAACAACAGAAAGUCCGCCCAUGAUGAUUCGUCUCGAAGGCGUCACUUUUUCAAACGGAACGACAGCUGAAGACAUUGGUGAAAUUAAUUCAAGUGGCCCAACCACCGGAAUGUUUAGACUUGGGGCACUCGGAGAAGAACCCGUGGAUGCUUUGGUCUUUUCCGUGCCCGACAUUCUGCCUCAAAACGCUUCUUCAGUAGACGUUGUCGUCCGAUUUGAUGGAUGCAUCAAAACAGGUGAAUAUGACUUACUUCAUAAUGAUUGGCUUCCGUACGUAAUUAGGCCACAUGGGCAGUAUCAUUUCCCGUACAUUCCGUCGAGUCUUGUACCAGGCAAAGCAAGCACUUGUGAUUCUUGCCAUGUAUAACAUGUUAACAAUGUAUGUAACUCAUUAGAAGGGAAAAUGAGAAUGAAAGUCGAUACUAUUAUCCUGUUUACUUUCUAGAUGUACAAAAAUUGCAUCAGAAUGAGCAUUACCUCGGUUGAAAUAUGCAUUCUUUUGAACACAAGACACGUA